GUGACAACACAUUGUCAUUGCCGGAGAAGUUAGCCAGUAGAGCCAGAGGGUAUAUUGUCUUUGACAGCGCCAGUGGAUAUAUUUACAAGUGAGUUUGGGAGAGAAAAAGAAAUGUCAGCGUUAAGAUUCAUGAUAAAACAUAAAGAGAUUGUCCCAGUAUUAGUGUGUGUUGGAUUUGGUUGCUCGUUUGGAGUGUUCAUGCUAACAAGAGCCGCUAUAAAAUACCCAGAUGUCGUGUUUGACAAGAAAAAUAAUCCAACACCAUGGUUAAAUGUGAAACCGAAUGAGCAAGUAAAGCUUUAUUCUCCAACAAUGGAUUUUUCCAAGUUAAAAUCUGACAGACCAGAUAUCGACUGAAUUUUGAGGCUUGCGAAGCUUGGCUGAAGCUAAGUAAAUAGCUAAAUCCUGGAACGAGGUUGUAUUGCCCCAAUGGGGCGAAACUCGGGAUAAGCGCAUGGGAUAAACCACGCAGGCAAACUCUGCGGUAACAUCGUAGGACGAUAUACCCGGCCGCGCGAACAUACUUGUAUUUACUUGUAAACUUUUUUGAGUUAGCGAGAUAUAUUUAAUGUAUACAUAGUU